AGCCAUAAAGGGCCCGCUUUACCUGUCGUGCGCUCAGGUCUCUGGAUCUGGAUCUGCUCUACGGUCCUGUUCCAGUCUUUCCCGUCGUUCUAAUCUUGAGUAAACCGGAGGAUCCUUCUGAUUGGCUGCAGAGAAAGCAAACUCUUUCCAGCCCACCCACCGCUGAUUAUAGGGACUCUUGCAGACUCUCUUCCCUUCCUUGCAUUGAGUCUGGGAACUGGCCACUGGGGCUGCACGGCACACCGAGCGCGCAUCAUGGCAGCUACCCACAGCGAAUACAGAGGCUACCUGCGGAACACCGUCGACAUCGAGGCAGGGCAGCACCGCUUCCACCCGGUGCAGAGCUCGGAGCCCACGUACCGGCCGCUCCUAUUCGGAACCCUUGCUGUUAUGGGAUUGCUUCAGGUGGCUUCCAGCGUGGCGAUCUUAUUACACCUGACAGGUUAUCUGCAAGAGGUAGAUUUGUCCACGGCCCCACAUCGGCCCAUAGAGGAGGUCCAGACGGAGCCGGUGCUGAACGCGCUGAGAGACACGAGGAAAAAAGGACGGUGCAAAACUCCGAAAGAAAGCCUGGCAUCAGCUCAUCUACCAAUCAGAGUGCACCAGGAGUACUCUAAGAAGGGUGAGCGGAAGCCCAUCACCAUUGACUGGGACCAGGAGCAUGGAUACUGCCACAGAAUGGGCUACCAGAAGGGGAAACUGCUGGUGAUGGAGUCAGGUUUCUACUAUAUCUACGCCAAGACCUGCUUCCGCUACUACCUUUACGUGCCUGUAGAGGACAGCAGCAGCCAGGCCGGGGUCCCGCCGGUGGAUGUUAGCAACACCCAGCUCAUCCAGUACGUCUACCAUGAGAGCAUCAAACAGAACAGCAAGUCGGUGGUGCUGAUGAAGACAGGCAGCACGAUGCGCUGGAACAGUACCAGCUACAACAUGUACUGCGCCCAGCAGGGCCGAGGCGUCCGGCUGGAGGUGGGAGACGCCUUGUACGUCAAUGUGUCCAAUGCUUGGCUGCUGGACCUGGAGGGAGAAGGGACGUAUUUUGGGGCCAUAAAGUUAGGUAACUGAGAAAUCAAAAAACACGUGGGAAGCGGACAUGCUACUGAACAUUUCAUAUGCCAAAGAACCACUGUUAGUGAUUUUAUAAUGUUAAUUUGUUAUUUUUUUUUUGGUUCAUGUGUUGUUGUUGUUGUUGCUUUUUUACCUUGCCACAUGUGGAAAAUGUAUUUGCUUUCCGAGUUUAAAGUCAGGAUUCUGAGAUCUGACUUUAAUCUCAGAUUUCUGACUUUAAACUCAGAACACAAAUACAUUCUUCACAUGUGUCCCUAAUCCACUUCCGUAGAGUAACCAUAGAAUCUUUUAUGAGAACACAUAAUUGAAAAGGUUGUCACCUUUUUAAAAAGCUUGUCUUGCCCCGCAGCCCAAACAAAAUAGAGACACACAGUUCUCGACUUCAUUAAAAAUAGCAUAGUCUUUUUUCAAAGUAAUGUGCUUGGUAUUGUGAAAUUUUAAUACAUUUCCUUUCAGUUAAAAACAUUUAGACUUAAGCACAUACAUGUGUUUGUGCACAAAAAAAACCAUGAGGGAGCUACUUAGGGAGUAAGUUUGUUGGCAAGAGUGUGCAGCGAGAAAGGAUUUAUCAAUGUUGGAAAAACGGCAUGUAAUAAGAACAUUGUAACUGAUAGAGCAUCUGCUUGUACUUUGCAGAUUAUCACAGAAUAAAAAUAAAACAACUCCCAGCUGUGCCUCCGAGCCACAGCAGUGAAUGCACAAAUGUUUUCCUGGAAGGUUUUGUAAGUGUGAACAAGGUAGGCAAUGGGGCGUCCUGGCCGUAAGUAACUCAACGGUAUAAUCUGAAAAAGGCAGUCUGAUGGUGAUUUAUAUGACCGAUCCAAAUCUCUUAGGCAUCUUUUUAAAACUUCCUGCUAUGAAAGAUACACUUUGACUCUGACACAAGACACAGUUUAAAAAAAGGUCAUGAUGUGUGCUCCAAAAACUCAUUUGUUAUCCAGUUUUCUGUGGUAAUGAGUGGCCUCGCUUCACUGAAGGCAAUCACAGGACAAUGUCACUUCAAACUAAGGAGGAAAUCUGUUUGUCAUGUUUAUGACAAUCACAAGAGAUGCAGAUAGCUGGACUGUCUGACCAUGAAUGACAUGACUAGACUCCUGUCUUCUUUAACCAGAGGAACCAAAUUGACUUUGGUUCAUCUUUAACUUAAAUUUUGUUUUUCAUUUGGCUCUUCAGUGAGGCAAAUGGGAAUAUGCACUAAAUAUUUAUUUAUUAGCUAUAGAAGUACAGAGACAGGUCAUUGUUAAAGUGACCUUUUGGCUGUAAAAAAAAAAAAAAAAAAUCAUUUAUAUUUUAUGUCUGUAUGACAUUCAUUAUACAGCACUUAGAGGAAAUACUAGACACGCUUUUUGUUAUUCAAACACAGGGGCUUCAUUUUAAAAUUCAAUAUUUAUGUAUCUUGAUUUUGACAAUUCUGUGUGCACUUGCCUAGCCAAAAGCAAUAUGAAUAUAUUGUUUCUUCUACAAGAUUGUAGCAACCUGUAAGAUCUUCAUCUGACUUCAUCUGAUAGAUUUUUCUCCAUUCAGUUUUUUAUUUUUAUUUAUGUUUUGUGUAUGUUUUAAUAAAAAAAAGUAAUUUUGUAA